AUGCGGGCAGCGAGACCACUAACUCGUAGCGGGUACCAUAUCCCGCUUCGUCGCUUUCUCCAAACGGCUGCUGCCCCCCAUACCCCCGCAUCCGACUUUGCGUUCGCUUUCGAUAUCGACGGAGUGCUUCUUAGGAGUGCCGAUCCAUUGCCGCGAGCACACCAGGCCCUUUCCUAUCUCCAGGCGCAGCACAUCCCAUUCAUCCUGCUCACAAAUGGCGGCGGGAAACACGAGUCGGAGCGCGUCGCCGACCUGAGCAGCAGGCUCAAUAUCCCUCUGGAUACGUCCAUGUUUGUUCAAAGUCAUACACCCUUUGCCGACAUGGACCAUCUCAAGGACAAAACGGUCAUGGUCGUUGGCGGCGAAGCAGACAAAUGCAGAAAAGUUGCUGAGGCAUAUGGCUUCAAGACAGUGGUUACCCCAGGUGAUAUCUUGGUGGCGCAUCCAGAAGUCUGGCCCUUUUCGCAGCAAUUGCUUUCGUACUACAAGACGUUUACUCGCCCUCUACCUGCUCCCAUUGACCCUUCUUCCUCGUCAACAUCACUCCGUAUCGAUGCUGUUUUCGUUUACAAUGACCCGCGUGAUUGGGGCCUCGAUGCGCAAAUCAUCAAAGACGUCCUGCUAUCCGAAAAGGGUAUCAUGGGAACUCUGUCCAAGAAGAACGGCAAUGAUGCCCUAGAGAAUCGUGGCUACCAACAAGAUGGACAACCUACCAUUUAUUACUCUAAUCCAGACUUGCUCUGGGCCGCUAAAUACCACCUUCCACGCCUGGGCCAAGGAGGUUUCCGUGAAGCUUUUGAAGGCAUUUGGGCAGCAGUGACUGGUGGCGAGGCAAAAGGUGUCAAGUUGCAUAAAGUUGUCAUGGGGAAACCACAUCAGCCUACUUAUGAGUUUGCUGAAAAGCGACUCAUAGCACAUCGUAGUCAUCUGAUGAAACAGUAUGGCGGAACACUUGACCAUCUCAAGCGAGUUUACAUGGUCGGUGAUAACCCAGCUAGUGACAUUGCUGGUGGCAACAACUACAAGAGCCCAUACGGCACCGAUUGGGCUAGUAUAUUAGUAGAGACCGGCGUCUACGUCAAAGGCACCAAACCAUCACCUGAGCCACGCAAGAUUGUGGGUGAUGUAUGGGAUGCCGUGGCAUGGGCUAUUGCACAAGAACAAGGCAAACAAAUACCUUGA